AUGGGAGAAGCGUGCAGGGACGCGGCGGCGGCGGGCCGGCAGCUGCGGCAGGACGAAGCGGGCGGCGGCGGCGGAGGGCGUCAUCACGCGGAGAAUGAGCUCGUCGGUGACUCGGCCGUCUCGACGAAGCUGUGCGAGGACGUGCCGGCGAUGCCAAUGAUGGCGCUCAACCACAUUUCACGCUUGUGCGAGUCCGUCGACGCCUCCGUCCGGUUCUACGUCAAGGCGCUCGGCUUCGUGCUCAUCCACCGCCCGCCGGCGCUCGACUUCUCCGGCGCAUGGCUCUUCAACUACGGCGUGGGGAUCCACCUCGUGCAGCGCGACGACGCGCGGAGGGCCCCCGACGUGAGGCCGGAGACGGAGCUGGACCCCAUGGACAACCACGUGUCGUUCCAGUGCGAGGACAUGGGGGCCAUGGAGCGGAGGCUCCAGGCGAUGCGCAUCCGGUACAUGAAGCGGACCAUCAACGAGGAGGAAGGGUCGCCCAUCGACCAGCUCUUCUUCAGGGACCCCGACGGCUUCAUGAUCGAGAUCUGCAACUGCGAGAACCUGGAGCUCGUCCCCACCGACGCGCUCGGCCGCCUCAGGCUGCCCCGCGACCGCCACAACCCGCCCGUGCGCAUGGGCGCCGGCGGCGCCGAGUAG